AUGACUGAAGUCCAAAAAGAAGCCCCAAAAGAGGUACGACAGGAAGAGUUUGAUGCAGUCCACGCCUACUUCAUCGGACCCAAGGGCUCCAACCUGCCCGACUUCCGCGCCAACAUCAACACUAUCCUCGAUGAACUCCUCGCCGCUCGUCAGAGCUACUAUCCUCAAGACCAGGCCUUCAUAUCCAAAGAAUACCGUCGCUCCCCAGUAUUCCUCAAAGCCCGCUCGGACCUUCGUCUCGCAACCGAAAAAGUAGCACAACUUCUCGGCGAGCACUCGGCACCGUUCUGGUCCCCUCGCUAUGAGGCCCACAUGUGCACUGACUUGACCAUGUCGUCCCUGCUCGGGUACUUCAUGACUAUGCUGUACAACCCCAACAAUGUCGCUCUCGAGGCUAGUCCUAUGACGACACUUGUGGAGUUAAGGGUUGGACAGCAGCUUUGCAAGUUGUUUGGGUACAAUGUUGAUGCGCAGAAACAUCCUCUCUCGUGGGGACACAUCACCUGUGAUGGAACGAUUGCCAAUUUGGAGUCUAUCUGGGUUGCCCGAAACAUCAAGUUCUAUCCUCUCAGUCUCUGUCUUGCUCUCCGACGUGGAAAGCUCCAAUUCAUCGCAGACAGGUUCUACGCUACUUCAUGCUUCCACUCAACAACCAAGACCCUGUUCAAAGAUCUUCAAGGAUGGGAUCUCCUCAACCUUCGCUCCGAGGUUAUCCUCGAUCUUCCUGACCAGCUCAACAAGCAGUUCGGCAUCACCAGCAAAUUUCUUGAGAGUGCUCUACAUGAAUUCAACAUUCAGUCAAUCGGCCGUGAGGUCCUUGAGAGGGAAUUCAAGGUCAAGGAGCCAAUCAAGUACUUUGUCAGCAAGACUCGUCAUUACUCAUGGCCCAAGGGAGUUGCAAUCGCCGGUCUCGGCUCUGACAACGUCGUUGGUGUAGACGUCAACAACGCCGCCCAGAUGAAUAUCAAGCUCCUGGAAGAACAUCUUCACAAAUGUGUCGAGAACAAAACCGCCGUCUUCGCAGUCGUUGCCAUCAUCGGCUCUACCGAAGAAGGCGCCGUCGACAGACUCACGGAAAUUCUUCGUCUGCGGAAGAAAUUCCAAGAAGAGUACGGGUUGUCGUUCCUCGUACAUGCUGAUGCAGCUUGGGGUGGUUACUUUGCCACAAUGUUGAACCCUGACAGACGUUACAGUGUCGAGGAGCAGACUACCACAAAGCCUGAGCCGGAGUGGUACUUGGAUCCCAGGACAGUCGAGGAUAUCAAGGCCAUGGCUGAGGCGGACUCGAUCACGGUGGAUCCGCACAAGGCGGGUUAUAUCCCGUAUCCUGCCGGAAGCUUGGUGUAUCGUGAUGGGAGGAUGAGGCACCUUGUUACUUGGUCGGGACCGUAUCUAUCACAAGGAUCUGCAGAGAACAUUGGUGUUUAUGGUGUUGAAGGAAGGCAACCUGGUGCUUCAGCCAUGUCCGCUUGGUUCUCCAAUCAAACCAUUGGUCUCAACCACCAGGGCUACGGCAAACUCCUCGGUGAAGCAACUUUCACAAGCGCAAGAAUCUCGGCCCACUAUGCCACCAUGGACAAUGACUACUUCAUGUGCAUCCCCUUCAAUAUGCUUCCAUCCGAGAACCAAGGUAAUAAGAAGUUCCUCUCCACCUCUGUCAUGAACGAGCGCAAGAAGAUCCGCGACUUGAUCAUUGGCAAGACCGACACUGAGAUUUUCAAGAACAAGGAAGCCAUGAAGAUCAUCCGUGACUUGGGCUCUGACACCAACAUCAACUGUUUCACUCUCAACUGGAAAUACGACAAAGAUAACAAGGAUUUGAACACUGAUCUGGAAGAAGCCAAUUAUCUCAUGAAGAGAGUCGUUGACAAACUUUCCAUCACUUCUCCGAACACUGAUCCCUCCACCAUUCCCAUUUACCUCACUUCGACUCAGUUCCUUCCUGAGGACUAUGGUAGCUGUGCGCACAAGUUCAUGGAGAGAAUGGGCGUCAAACAGUCAAACCAAAGUCUUUUUGUUAUCCGAAACGUCGUGAUGAGUCCUUUCCCCACGAAGAAAGAUUUCAUCUCCACCAUCAUGCACGACUUGGAGAAUGUCGUUAUUGAACAGGUUAAGGAAUGUAGAAAGAGAAACGAUCCCGGGGCCAAGAAACUCCAGUUCCUUGUACAAGGUUCACCUGAUUCAUCUGAGGUGUUUCUUGUGUUCCAGGCUUCGUUCCACGGUGUGACCCGACGACAGCAGGUCAUCUUAUCUGCCGAACUUGACGAAGACCUGAAGAAGUUCUACAAUAACAUCUUGAAGGAUAGUCAGGAUACUAUCGUCAUGUUGGAGACGUGUGACGAGCUGUACAUCGCCAAGGUCAUCGAACGUAUCUCAGAAGGAGUCGAGUUACCAGUUUCCUUAUUUGAGAAUGGAUUACAGGAGUAUCAGAAGGCGCAGGGCGUCAUCACUCUGAAGUCGGCGAUCAAGAGUCGCCCACUAAACUCGAUUAACCGCGACAUCGAGUAUCCUGACAAGUUCAUGCCAUUUUAUCUUUACGGCUCAGAGGAUGAAUUUCACAUUACUCAUACUCUUGUCAAGUCGCCCAACAUUUCGCUAUCGGCCAGCAACGUCACCUUUGAACCUCCCAUCCCAUCCUCUGUUACGAGCAACCUUCUCUCUGAUGGAUUGAUCCUCGGUCUCGUUGAAAUACCCGAAGCAUCCGUGCAGCCAUUUGCUGAGAGCAACAAGGAUCUUGAAGAAGACUUUUUCUUUUCUAGUGGUAAAAAGUUCAAGGUUGCUGUUUGGGAGGAUCAAAAGUCUUACGAUCAAGCCGGUCCGGAGUUGCUCAAAGACCUCGACGAUGAGCUGUAUGACGGUGUGAUGACUCUCGGUGAAAAUGUUUUUGUUGAUGCUGAGGGACCGAAUGAGGAUAAGUUGAGGGAUAUCAAGGUUGAGUCAGACGCUUGGCAGAGAAAGUUGGAUGAGAUUGGUAGCGUUUUGGAUGGAACACACACUUGCAAGGAUUAG